AGGACACAGAACACAUGAGAGAAGUGUAUAAGCUUAAUGUGUUCCUGAAACUUACAUCUUCCACCGACUAUGAGACAAAGAAACAGCUCAGUUGCAGUGCUAUGGGAUGCCAUGGAGCUGACAGAGAGGUUUACCUUCAAUUCCAAGGAGGGAAUAGACAAUCCAGCCAUGGUGACUACAGAUGAUACAGAGGCUGUGUCAAAGCCCUCGCCACGUGUGUGUGUGCUGAAGAAGGAAGAAGGAGAAACCUUUGGCUUCCGUCUGCGUGUGGAAAGAGGGCAGCAGGGUCACAUAAUUAGACAGCUGGAUUCACUGGGAGUGGCGGAGAGGAGUGGGCUCAAGAAUGGGGACCGCUUGCUUGAAAUCAAUGAGAUGUUUGUUGACAAUUUGGAACACAUGGAGGUGGCACACAGGAUUCAGGUGAGUGGAUCACACUUAUGCUUCCUGAUGUUAGAUGAAAAGGCCUACGAGCGGGCUGUGUCUGAGGGUCUUGACCUUAGAGAGCUGGCUAAAGCUAGUCGUGGGGAAGGAUGGAGGCCUCCUCGUCUCUGCCACAUCACGAGAGAUGCACCUGGCCUGGGCCUCAACAUACAGCCAGUGGAAGGUGAGAAAGGCAAAUUCACAGUAAGCCCAGUGAAAGGAGGUGCUGCAGAGAGAGCAGGAGUGAAGAAACGGGACUGGCUGAUUUGGAUAGAUGGUGCUAUGGUCUCUGAACUCACACACUCUGCCAUCAGCAGAAUGGUGAAGAAGUGCAACAAUCACAUGACAAUGCUGGUGAUAGACAGUGACAGUGAGAAGAGUUAUGCCUGUAGGAAAAUGCCUAUUCUCCCAGCCAUGGCUGAUGCAGAGAACAUGCCAUAUCGGCCUCGCAGACUGCAUCUGGUGUUGGGGCCAGAAGGAUACGGCUUCCUGCUCAGGCAGGAAAAGACUGGAACGGGACGCAGUGUCCACAUGGUGAGAGAGGUGGAUAAGGACAGCCCUGCUGAACUGGGAAGUGUUAAAGAAGGUGAGAUGCUUCUUGAAGUGAAUGGAGAGUCCACAGAGUCACUGAGUCAUAAUCAAGUUGUCAGCAAAAUCAGACAGAGUGGACAGCAGGUCACCCUCACGACUAUGCCACCUCAGGGCCAGGACUUCUACACUAAGUUGGGCCUCUCUCCCUUGCUGUUCUGUGUGGAUAUUACAUCUGGUAACCCUGAGGAGCAAAAGGAAACCCCAGUGAUGCCGAAGCCUGCAGUGCCCCCUGUUGAGCCUCAGGACGAUGUGGAGAUCAAUCCUAAUGUUAGACGCUGUAUUCUGGAGAGGGGCUCUGUCGGUUUUGGCUUCAACUUGGGCUGCGUCCAACAGAAACCUGGCACCUUCAUCAGCCAGGUAGCAGCAGAAGGCCCAGGAGAGAUGUCAGGGCUCCUUCAGGGUGAUGUGGUGGUGGAGGUGAAUGGACAGAAUGUGGAGAAAGAGUCUGUGGAGGAUGUCACCUUACAUGUGAAGAGAGGAGGAGACACUCUUUCUUUACUAGUAGUAGAUCAGAAAGGUUAUGACUGGCUGAAGAAAAAUGGGAAGCCAGUCACUGUGAACAAACUAGCACCUAUCUCUGAGGUGGAGGAAAAUGUUUCAAGUCCUGCUGAACCACCAACACUGAAGACUGACGACUUGUCUGAGGACAGCACUUAGUCCACCUAGUUAUAGUGUGGAUGGCCAUUAAAACAUUCCUCCUGGUCGUGUCAAUGAGAUCAGUACUUGGAGAAUGACGUUUAAACAGAGUUUCACUGGGUAGCUAAUUUCUCUGACCUGUACAUUUCGCACUUUGCAGUUUUUCUGUAUGAAAUUGCCUAAACCUUGGGCACAAUCCUUUGCACAUAUUCGUAUUCAUCAUUCAGAGUGCUGUGAAUACAGUAAAUGUUUAAGGUAUGUUUCUGGUAAAAAUACAGUAUGCAUAGCAGGAUGGCAUUAACAAUGUUAAUUUCUGUCUCUCUGAGAAAUAUUUUUAUGUACUUUAAGAUGUGUUCACGAUGUGUUUUGACCUAUAUUUCAGCAUUGUGACAUUUUGAUCCUAAAUACAUCAUUUAAAUGUAAAUGAA